AUGUACAAGUCCUCGAAUUACCGCAAACAACAGCCCCCGUCGGACUCGCCCACCGACAGAUUCCGCCCCCAGGCGAAGCAGCUCCUCGAAGCCUUUCCCACAUGGUCAUACGACGACAUCCAGUCGCUCCUCGUCGAGGUCAACGGAGAUGUGACACUUGCGUCGACCCAGAUCCUUGAAGGGCACGCGGAGCAAUGGGGCUCGGUCACCCGCAAGAAGGACAAAAAGUCCACGCCCACCGCCUCCUACAACAAGGAUGCGUCCUCUGCCAGAGACCGUGGCGAGUUCCGCGGUGGCAGAGGCGGUCGUGCGGCUAGGGGCGGCCCUCGCGGCGGCGCUGCUCGCGGCGCCUCUGCCCGUGGCGGGCACCACGAGGUCAACGGUCAUCGCACCAAGCCGUCUCUCACCGGCCAGGACGACAAGGACCACGUUGCUCCCGACGCCGCCGCCCCGCUCACCACCGACGGCGGGGCCCCCGAUGCAGACGCGGAUACCAGUGCCUGGGGCUGGAGCACCCCACCCACUUGGGGCGGAGACACUGCCGUCUUGAACGGCUCUACCCACCCUCCUGCCGCAGUCCCCGUCGCUGCCCCCGUCGCUGCCGCCUCCCCUCCCACUCAAGCACCCGCUCCCAUCGCGGCAAAGGUUGUGACCAAACCCGCCACGUCCAAGCUUUCAUGGGCGCAGAUCGCUAGCAAGCCGCAAGAGAAGCCUACUCCCCCUCCCGCCCCCACUCCUGCCCCUGCUCCUGCCCACACUCCCGCUCCCGCCCCCGUCUCUGCUCCUCAACCUGCUUCCGUUCCCACUCCUCCCCCCGCGUCUACCCAGCCCGAGCCCUCUCCUCCUGCAGAGCCGACUGAAAUUAUUGCGCCUUCCACUGGCUGGGAGGAGCCUACUACUGUACAGGCCCCGACAUGGGACGAUGAGCCUCGUGCUCCACCCCCAGCCGAAGCCCCGGUGGCUGUUGAUGAGGCUGCGCCCAUUGCGCCUGAGACGACAACCGCAGAGGAACCUCCCAUAGAACCCAGCGCACCAGCUGUCCCUCCAGGAGUCGGUCCUCCGGCUGUUCCAACGGUCUCGCCUGCCGUGCCUCCCGCCAAGCCUCUCACUCCUUCGGCCUCUUCAAGACCGACCCCGAUUUCACACCGUGCUACGAAAUUCAAGACCACGGACCAGCCCGUCGUUCUCCCUGCCAGCUUUGGCUCUGGUAUUGAGAAGAUCGGCAUGCAAUUUGGCAGUCUGAGCCUUGGUGGGGAGGACCUGGACGCCCCCAUCCACGAAGUGGUUCCGGAGCCGAUCCCUGCUCAGUCCGAGCCUUCCCCUGUCCCUGCACCCAUCGUGCAAGCUCAGGAACCUGCUGCUCCUGUAGCCUCGCCGCCUUCGCAACCCUCCCUUGCUUCUGUUGCCCUCUUCCAACCUUCCGUCUCGCAACCUGCUCAACAGCCCCCCGCUCAGCCUGCCCCCCAGCAGCCUCCUCAUCUCCCUCCCGUCGUCCAGCAGCCCCCCUCAAACGUACCUUCAUCCCUUUCAACUCCCUCCCUCACCACUCAGACCUCACUACCCUCUUCCGCAACCACUUCCGCCAUUUCUCCGUAUUCGCAACAGUCUCAGCCCGCGCUUGCAAGUCACCAGUCUCAGCAGGGCCACCUCCCGUAUGGUCUGCAGACCCACCUCGAGCAGGUCCAGUCACAGCAGCAGCAUUCCACCCCUCAGCAGCAACAGCAGCAACAACAGCCUGCUCAAGGCGGCCCAUCAUCUUACUUCCGCCAGGCUGAGGCACCCUACUUCCACACCCCUACUCCUCCAGCCGGUCAAAGCCAAGAGAGCCCGUACGGUGCAUUCGGACAGCAGCUCGGGCAACACCAGGGCCAGGGCCAGCAUCUGGGCAACUUCAGCCAGGACUACGGCUACAGUCAGAACCGCGACUCCUUCUACGAGUCCUACUCUGGCCCUGGUACCUUUGGGAACCGCAACGUCCUCGGCCAUGACGACCAGAUCAAGGGCAUCCCCGGCUCUCAGCAGCCCGGCCUGCCUCCCACUGGGAAUGCGCAGAGCUCGCAGCAGCAGCAGCAACCCCAGCCCUCGCAGGGCAGCCAGGGUUCGCAGCCCGCCGGCCAGGGCCCCCAACAAGGCUACCCGCCGCCACUCCCGCCGUACUACUACCAGCCGUACCCACAGAGCCAGUACUACGGCACGCCGUACAACUCGGGCUACAGCGUCCCGCAGCCGUUCGUGAAAUACCCCGCGGUCUUCCAGGGCCCCGCGGGCAAGCAGGCGCCCGGCGUUGGUGCGGGUAUGGGUGGGCCCACGCAGGUGCAGCAUCAGCCGCAGAGCCCGUAUGCGCAGACGGGCCUGUACGGGCACGGGCAGCAGCCGCACUCGAACGCGUACGACGACCCGGCCGGGCUCGGCGGGUACGGCGCACACCAGCACCAGCACCACUCGCACUCGCUCGCCGGCCAGAACGCGUACGGCAAGCACGGUCACCAGGGUCUCUACGGGAGCGGUGGAAGCGUACAGGGCAUGCAGGGCUUCAUGGGUCGUCUGCCGGACGCGGCGCCGCGCGCUGCGGCGGGAUCCCCGGAGAACGCGUACAAGCCGUACGGGGGCAACGUCGGGGGCGUAAAGGAUGUCGGGACCGCCGGUGUCGGGCAGGGAGGCGUCGGACAGGGCCCACAGGGUGGACGGGUGCAGCCGCAGGGCCAGAGCGCCUUCUAUGCGCAAAGGGCCCGCAGGGUCACUUGGGUACCCCCAGGGGGGCUCGGACGGCAGCGGUUCUACUCGUACCAGCCCAGGCAGCAGCAGGGGUACUGGCAGUGA